GCGGCUGGAGCUCAGUGAUAAUGUGAGGAAUUCAGACUCAAGAGAGUUACAUUUUCUUUUUAAUGAGCUGAAUAUCAGUGGAGGGGGGUAUUUUAAUGGAAAGUAUCCGGCAGUUUGUGCUGGUUUGUCUCCUCGGCGGACUGACAGCGGAGGACGGAGGAGGAUGGUUCCAGCCAUCAGACUUCAGCUUGCAGGAUGAAGGUCCGUGUAACAUCGACGUGUUGGACGCCUCCUCGCUCUCACACCAACAAUUCUUAGAAAGAUAUGCAUACAGCAGACCGGUCAUCCUCCGAGGACUCACUGAUAACACGAGGUUCAGGCUGCUCUGCUCCAGGUCCAGCCUCCUGGAAUCAUUCGGCUCCCGGACCGUCCGACUGAGCACGGCCAACACCUUCUCCUACAGGAAAGUUGACGUCCCCUUCAGCCAGUACGUGGACAUCUUCCUGAAGCCGCAGUCCGAGGACACUCUCGGCAGCGACACGCUGUAUUUCUUCGGCGAUAACAACUUCACAGAGUGGAGCAGUUUGUUCGAGCAGUACGAGUCUCCGCCGUACGUCCUGCCGCACACCAGCGGAGCGUUCAGCUUCGGGGUCGCAGGCGCUGGAACCGGGGUCCCGUUCCACUGGCACGGUCCCGGUUACUCGGAGGUCAUCUACGGCCGGAAGCGCUGGUUCCUCUACCCCCCUGACCAGGAGCCUCACUUCCACCCGAACCGGACCACCCUGUCCUGGCUGAGGGAGACGUACCCCCACCUGCCGGAGGCCGAGGCCCCGCUGGAGUGCACCAUCCGACCCGGAGAGGUGCUGUAUUUUCCCGACCGCUGGUGGCACGCCACGCUCAACCUGGACACCAGCGUCUUCAUCUCCACCUUCCUGGGCUGAGCUCAGAUGUACUCUGAACCUCUCUGCAGGAACAAUGAGUUUUAAUUCAUUUAAACUACUUCCAGGGACCAACAAGCAUCACCGACCUGUUGCUUUAAUGGAACUCAGCAUUUAUCGUCAUUGAGAAGAAAUCAGGGAAAAUGUCUACUGACUGUUUAACUUGAAGUGUUAGAAUUGUAAAUGACAGGAAAUAUGAAGCUGCUGUGUGAAAAUGUGUGUGCAUGGAUGAAUAAAACAAAGUGAAGUCGGUAUGAUAAAGAUCGCAUGAAGGAAAUCUCAUUUAUUUUUAAUUAAAGAUGCAGUUGGGUUUUUAAUUUCACAUCCCAAAAAGAAGAAAAACAAAAGUUCUGAUGUUUCAAGGCUCAGCUGUUUACAGGAGACUUGAUCUUCCUCUGCAGGCAAACGAAAACAGUUAGAGUAACUGGUAACUGGGAAAACUGCAUUGGAAUGACUGGAUAGAGAGCAAGUCUUUGAGAAAUGUUAAAGAAAUUGUUUGACUUGCUAAUAAAAGAGGGACGUUUAUGCAGUUUGAGCAAUUGCACCGUCUUAACUCUUUUUAGAUGUAUUAUUGCUGAUAUUGUUUCAUCAAAUUGAUAAAAUGGGGGUCUGGUGGAUGCAUCAAAACUUAACUGAUGAAAAA